GCCGGUUUUGAUGAUUCUUUUCCAACAGCUCUUUCUAGCGCGUUCUCCACCUCUAUCUCUAACAGCUCGGCAAACAUCGAUUACUAUGCCGCAGCACAUACAUUCCAAGAGCAACUUCCGCCAAAACCCUCCAUCCUGGUGGGAGGGACACUCAAAGAGUAUCAGCAGCGCGGAGUUGCAUGGAUGCUUUCCCUGUAUAACAACCGCCUCAACGGAAUACUAGCUGACGAAAUGGGCCUUGGAAAGACCAUUCAAACGAUUGCGCUUAUCACGUAUUUGGUGGAAUGUAAAAGGCAAAAUGGGCCUUUUCUUAUCAUCGUUCCCCUGUCAACGAUUCCAAAUUGGGUAAAUGAGUUUGAUAAAUGGGCCCCUACACUCCUUCGCGUCGAGUACAAGGGUACCCCUGACCAGCGCAAGGCCCUGCAGGCCUCGAUCAAGGGAAGUGCCCGCAUGAAUGUCCUUCUAACCACAUACGAUUACAUCAUCAAGGACAAGUCCUUCCUUUCAAAAAUCCCUUUUUUAUACAUGAUUAUUGAUGAGGGUCACCGUAUGAAGAAUACAACCUCAAAGCUUUCGCUGACGUUGACGCAGUCUUAUAUCACAAAGUAUCGCCUCAUUUUAACCGGAACGCCAUUGCAAAACAAUUUGCCUGAAUUAUGGUCCCUGUUGAAUUUUGUGCUUCCCAAAAUCUUCUCUUCAAGCAAGUCGUUUGAAGAGUGGUUUAAUGCGCCUUUUGCAAAUACUGGCGAACGGCUGGAGCUAAAUGAAGAGGAGACCCUACUUAUCAUCCGAAGACUUCAUAAGGUUCUGCGGCCGUUCUUAUUGCGACGCCUGAAAAAUGAUGUUGAGGGGGAUUUGCCCGAUAAAAUAGAACGUGUCAUCAGAUGUCCUAUGAGUGCUAUUCAAUCGGAACUUUACCUAUCUCUGCAAAAGAAGGCCACCAAUCCAAAAAAAGGGGGAAUCAGAGCAUUCAACAAUACUGUUAUGCAGCUUCGUAAAGUAUGCAAUCACCCCUUUGUCUUUGAAGAAGUCGAGGCUACUUUGAAUCCUACCAGGGCCAACAACGAUCUUCUUUACAGAACAAGUGGAAAGUUUGAGCUGCUUGGUAGGAUUUUACCAAAGAUGAAGGCCGCAUCUCACAAGGUCCUCAUAUUUUUCCAAAUGACUUCUGUCAUGACAAUCAUGGAGGACUUUCUCAAUUUGCUAAUGAUUUCGUAUUUGAGGUUAGAUGGUUCAACACCUGCUGCAGAGCGUUCUGUGCUUCUAAACAAGUUCAACGCACCAGAUUCUCCAUAUGUAAUCUUCCUAUUAAGCACACGAGCUGGUGGGUUAGGGCUCAAUCUUCAAACUGCCGACACGGUCAUCAUUUUCGAUAGCGACUGGAAUCCACAUGCUGAUUUGCAGGCCCAAGAUCGGGCCCAUCGAAUUGGGCAGACUCGCGAGGUCAGGAUUUUCCGCCUAGUCACGGUCGAUUCUAUUGAAGAGGUAAUUUUGGCGCGGGCCCAACACAAACUAGCCCUCGAUGGUAAGGUGAUACAGGCAGGGCGUUUCGACCACAAAUCCACAAACGAAGAAAGAGAAGCUCUUCUCCGGGCAAUUUUGGAGACAGAAGCUGCCUCUGUAGAGGAAGAAAAAAGAACAGAGUCUGCCAUUCUCGAAAAUGACGAGCUUAAUGAAAUGCUUGCGAGAGGAGAUCACGAGCUCCAACUCUUCCAAUCGAUAGAUAAGCAAAGAAUAGCAUCAAAGCCAUCCCUAAUUACCCGAGAGGAGCUGCCUAAAAUAUUCCUACAUGAGACAAUGAAUGAGGCAGACGAUGACGAUUUCCUUCCAGAACGAAGGCGUGCUCAAUGGUCUUCCUCUUAUGCAAAGGAUGACCGUCUAACGGAUGCCCAAUGGCUGAAGAAGCUUGAUGAAGACGACCAAGGCCCUAUUGAAGGAGAUAGCGAUGAGAUCGCCAACACUGCUGAAAAUGACGAUGUGAUCGAUAGCGGCGAUUAUGACGAUAAUUUAGAGGAGAUUGAGGAUGACAUGGGUGAUGAGGAUGCUGACAACAUUUCUUCAUUGAGAAUCAAGAGGCAUUGUGCUUGA